AUGGCCCAAAAUGGCAGUUCUUGUUUUGGCAAUGGUAUCACUGUUUGCUUUGGUGGAAGUAGUGGCGGUGGCAAUAGCAACACUGGAGGAGGUGGAGGUGGAGGUGGGGGUGGAGCGGGUGGAGGUGGAAACAAAAAGCCUGAAGAGUUGCAACCAUAUCCAGUGAAAGAGCAAUUACCCGGUGUCCAGUAUUGUAUAAACAGCCCACCUCCAUGGCCGAGACAUUCUUCACUAUUGGAUAACCAUGAGAGGUUUGUCCGGACAAUGAGAGCAAUACAAGGUGCCCUAAUUAUUACUUGGUUGCUUCCAAAUGGUGAUGGGAUUCUUGGGUUUAUGGAGAAAUAUAGUGAGUCGAUUGGUACAUUUUAUGCAAUAGCAAGGUAUGGAAGUGCCACUCCCGUACCACCUUCGGUUGUUAGUCGUGGCACUUGGUUGGUUGCACGUGAAAGUGAUGAGACAAAGAAAGACAUUGGUUUGAAGUGGUGGGAGAAGUUCGGUUUAUACAAUUCGGAUGUUAGAAAUGAUGAAUUUUAUGCACUUACCAUGCAAGCUUAA